GUCUGGAAGCUUUCAUCUCUCGAAUCGGAAGAGGUUCAGCGGCGUGUUACUUUUGCGUACCUAAGAACUGUUAAAAAAAAUCUCGGGGGCUGUUUCCGAUCACCGGCCCAAGUUCGCAGGGGUGUGAACGUUGUCGACACCAAUGGGAGUCCAGAAAAUCCCUUAAUAAGGCAUGUUUUCGAAGCCGGACGACACAGAACGAUGAAUGUGACCUCUCCAAAGUCCUCAUUGGCUAAACUGGGUUUUCAUCCACGUCAGAAGUCCUUGAAGGUGAUGGUUCUAGGUCAGGGAGGCGUUGGAAAAACAGCCAUGGUCGUACGGUUCAUCACCAGGAGAUAUAUAGGAGAAUACGAUCCUAGUCUGGAGAAAAUUUAUACUUAUCACACAGUGAUCGACAACGAGAUGGUGUACUUUGACAUCCUGGAUACUGCUGGGCAACCUCAUGAGAACGAAUGUCUUUCCCUCGAAGCCAACAUAAAAUGGGCGGAGGCUUUUAUCCUAAUGUACUCUGUGACCGACAAGUGCUCGUUCGACGAGUGCUACAGGCUCAAGUUCCUCAUAAACUACAACAAGAAGCGAAGGCGCCUUGGUAACGUUGCCAAAGACGCUGCAGUGGAUGUUCCAGUUGUGCUCGUGGGUAAUAAGAUAGAUCAGGUGGAGGACAGGAUGGUUUCUCUGGAGGAGGGACAGAAGAGGAGCAAGGAAAUUGGCUGCGUAUGCUUCCACGAGAUAUCGGUGAGGGAGAGCAUAGAUCAGGUUUGGUCGGUGUUCACAGACGUGUGUCGAUUCUGGAGGGUGCACAACAAGAACCCUAGCAGACUACGCAAAACGCCCAGCGAAAAAGAUCCAACCUCCCCAGACCAGCAGCGUUACUUCUCCAACACCAUAUCACCCAGCAGCAUCCUCCCCAACUUCUGCCGAUCCGGCAUCUUGGGUAGGAGAUGGACCGAAGGUGAGCUGGAAGAAGGAGACGAGACCAGAGAGGAGACCAAUGACGACUCAGCCUCCAGCCCAUCUGAUGCGGCGCCCUUCCGAGAGAGGGCGUCCACUGACGGCCACCUGCACCAGAGCAAGUGCAAGCCUUGGAAGUGGAGGCAUCCACCGAACCAUUCCAACAGUUCAUCCAGUAGCUCCGGCGAGCUGUACACCACGAAGAACGACAGGAGGAUGAGCAUAUCGAUGAGGGGCAACAAUGCCAGCUACUGAACUGUCGACCAUCGGACGUAUUUUGUCGUUUUGUCGUCGUAUUCCUGGAGUUUCACGAACCUCUCGAGAAGAAUCAAAGUCAAACCGUUCAGAUAAGGUAAUCAGAGAACUUAACACACCACUGAGAACUUGGAGAUGACCAAUGAUGCCUAUAGUGUCAAAGUUUGACAGAUACGAAUGACAUUCAGUAUGUCAGUUUCAGCUGAAAAGCCAGUGGCUGUGUUAAAAAGUACCACAUUAUCAAACACUUCUUGGAUCUUUCAACCCAGUUGACCUUUUGUUCAAGAACGCUCGAAAAAUUUCACUUUUCAAUUGAAAAUUCAAUAACAUUGCCAGGUUUGAAAUGUGGAGUUGUUUUUUGAAAGUCAGUUAUACAUAAAAGUCAGUUUGAAUAGGCAAUUACUUUUAAUAGUCGCUUUGAGUUGGCAAAUAUGUAUAAUUGGCAGUUUAAACUGGCAAUUACUUGAUUAACUGGUGAAAAUGACAAUUAAACAUCAGUAAUUGUGGUUUGAACUGGCAAAUAUGUAUGAUUGCCAGUCUGGAAAGGCAAUUCUGUAUAAUUGCCAAAUUUAGGAGGUACAUCUGUGGAACUGCCAUUUUAAACUGACAAUUAUCGAUGAUUGCCAGGUCAAACUGACAUUCAUAUCAGUAACUGUCAGUUUGAACUGUCAAUGAUACAUAAUUGCCGGUUGAAAUUGAAAAUUAACCAUGAUUGUCAUGUCAAACUGGCAACUACAUAGUUAUUUUCAGUUUGAACUAGCAAAAUAUGUAUAAUUGCCUGUUUCAAGAGGUAGAAAAGUAUAAUUGGCAGUUUGAACUAACAAUCAAGUAUAAUUGUCAUUUAAAACUGGCAAUUAUCUGUGAUCAAACUGACAUUCAUACAUCAUUAAUUGUAAGUUAUAUAUAAUUGACAGUUAUCUAUGAUUGACCGUUCAAACUUGCAGUUGUACAUGCGUAGUUGUCAGUUUGAACUGUUAAUUAGACAUAACUGCCAAUUUAAAACAGGCAAUCAUGUGUAAUUGUCAAUUGAAACUGGCUUUUUCAUCUGGAAGUUGAGUUAAGUUGAGCAAAGAUAAGUUCUCUACUCUAAAAUGGAUUAUAGCCAAUUCAUACGAUUUCUUUCAUUCUUUUCGAUCAGUUCGAAGGUGGAAUUCCAAAAUCUCUCAAAUAUAACUCUAAAAUAUAUCAAUGGUUGAAAUGUUGUGAUUAUUUUGUAUAUUACUCAAAUAGAAAUAAUUUUUUACGAGACAAUAACUUAUGAAAUCUCAUCCAAAGACCAUGAAAUCACUGUGAUUCAAUCGACCUGUACUGAAACGCACCAAGAUAUCUAAAAAAACUCCGUCGUAAGCUUUUGAAUGUUGAUCAUACAUGUAAGUCGAUGUACCCUUCAAAGGAAAACAAACCUGUCAAGAUUUCCUAUUGGGAUAUUAGAAUUUGAUAGUACUUUACGUAUGACGGAAAAAACAUGGGGAUUUACGCUUUAAAACUCAAAAGAACCAUUUUAUAACCGUAAAAACUAGUCAUACUUAAUACUAACAACCAUAUACCAUCAGAUUUUGUGAUGGGGUAGAGUCAAAAUUACCCAACUAUCUCGUAUAUCUGUGUAUAUUUGUCUAAUAUGUGGAUCGUAAUUUGUAUCAAAUAAGGUACAUUCCUCUGAUGAAUAUCUGUACAUCAAUUUUGAUUGAAUAUUUAAAUAAAUUUAAUAAUAACGAA